AUGGACAAAGACAGCAACAACAACAACGACGACGAGGGGAAGGUCCCAAAGCCAUACCAGGGCUCUUUUCUCUUCAUCAACAAGACCUCAGAGACCCUGGGUCGGAACCGGGACGAGAGUUUCACUAUAUCCUCACACGUGUCUAAGACACAUCGCAAAUGGCUGAAAGAGGAGAGACUCAGGCGAUUGCAUGCAUCUAGCAGCAAGGCUAUGGCAGCCCAACGAUCGAUCCUCCCAGCGGCGACGUCGCGAUUCGCAGGGGCUGGUUCAUCGAGUAACGCCUCAGUGGAGGAUCAGCCACCCCCAGACCGGACACUGGCCGCCCCCAGUCGAUCGCAAGACGACGCGAGUGCCUCGCUAGGUACGGUGCGCCGUUCAGUGGGCGAGAGUUUUCGUGGCAACGAGCACAUCAGUCAGCCACCCGUUUACCCUUUCGAGGCCAGCCAAGAAAAUACUGACCAACAACGACCUGCAUCGUCUGAAACGUGGAACAGACGUGCUUUGGCGAUCAACAAACCCCCUCUAGGCUUCUGGAAGGGCAACUCUGACCCUUUCUCGGUAACUGCGGUGCCGCUGGCUGCCCCGGCCCACGAGCUCAUCCGACUCGCUCAGCGGUUUUUCGUGUUUGUGGCUUGGCCGGACAAGACGAGCGCAAUGUGGAGGGCCCCCAUAGCCGACACCUCCAGUUCUCACAUUCAUCUUCAACAAACCAUUGCAGACGAAGCUGAGGUCCAUGCGAUCCUUGCCGCCGGCUAUGCCAUAAACGGAGAGCUCUCGGGGCGUGAUGCCGAGAGGUCGAAGAUCCGGCAGCUGUUGCAUAAAGCCAAAGCCGUGGAGCUUCUGCGAGACAGGCUCAUGAAACAUGGCUUCUCGCCCAAAGUCGCCACGUUAAUACGCCUUCUUAUUUCUCUCGACUUUCACGCCUCCGACAAUGAAUCGGCGCUGGUUCACUUGCGGGGCCUCUGGGCCAUGGCAUCCACGACCCCGGGGGUUUUGGUGGAUGCCCAAGAGCUGCUCCUGAUCAGCGAUGCGUGGAUCUCCAUAUCGCUGCUCAAAAGACCCGAGAUCUCGCCACAACGCUACGACCCCGGUGCACGUGCGCGGCACCCGUUCGACAAAGCUCUGCGAGAACUCGAAGACACGCAUGGCAUCGCCGUGACCGACGGAGCCAAAAGGGUCGCUCCGGAGGCCGCAUUCGACGAAAACAUGUGGAGACUGUUGGAGGGCGCCCACGAGAUCGUCAACACAAAGAGGAUCGUGGACGAGAUCACCGACAUUCACUUGCAAGAGGAGGUCGUGCAUUGGAUGAAUCGGCGGAGCAGUGCCGUGACGGGUUACUGCACCACGGGCUAUGUGGAGGCGACCGAACGCGCACGAUCCCCCGAGCUGGACGACGCCGACAAGGUCAAGCAGACGCUGAUGGCGGCGGCGUGUCUGUGCGCGAUGAUGUUCAUGAACUUCAAGUUCCUGGACUUGCCGCACAACUACAAUUUCAGCAGGACCUGCCAGAAGAUCGAGCACGUCCUGCGCCGCGUGUCGCCGGCGUUGGCGGCGGCGGCGGACACCCACCCGGCACAGGACCCGGACUACCUGUGGCUCCUGUUUCUCGCCGCCACGGGCAACGACAUCUUCACGGCGAGGGGCGACAUACCGUAUUCCUCGUGGCCGGCCACCGAGUUCCACCGCGUCUGCGAGCGUCUCCGCGUCGACGCGGACCCGCAGCAGCAGCAGCAGGAGCAGCAGCCAGCAAGCGCCAUCCUGCAUCGGUAUCCGUGGUACCCGGAAGCGGACGCCUUCAUGCUCGAGCUGCUUUGCCAGAAGGACCCGCGCGCAAAUAUCAUCCCGUGGUCGCGGUGGCGCGAAAUCCUGAAUCAUCCUUGA